GUUGACCCUUCUCAUGUGAGUAUGUGACAAAUGCACACUGCUAGCGACAUUGCGACCCUGGAAGUGCCGGCUACCAUCCUACCACGACCACGAGACUGAUGUGACAAGCGUGCGGUGCAGCGCGGCUCGGCCAUGGCGGCCAAGACUUGGCAGCUGAUGGUGGUGGUAGUCAUGAUCGUCGGAAUGGGCGUCGAGCCCUGCGGCGCCGUGGAAUUCGCGUACGACGGCUUCGGCGGCGCCACCGGCCUGCACCUCGACGGCAUGGCGACCGUCACGCCGGCCGGGCUGCUGCAGCUCACAAACGACACGAGCAUGCCCAAGGGCCACGCCUUCCACCCGGAGCCCGUCACGUUUCGACGGCCGGCGGCGAGCGCGAUGUCCUCCUUCUCGACCACGUUCGUGUUCGCGAUCGUCUCGGAGUUUCUGGACCUGAGCACGAGCGGGUUCGCGUUCCUGGUCGCGCCGUCCACGGACCUGUCCACGGCGAUGCCGAACCAGUACCUGGGCAUGUUCAACGGCACCGACAACGGCGACGCGCGAGACCGCGUCUUCGCCGUGGAGCUCGACACCGUGCGCAACCCGGAGUUCGCGGACAUUAACAACAACCACGUCGGCGUCGACGUCAACAGCCUCAACUCCUCCGCGGCCGCGCCGGCGGGCUACUACGACGCCGCCACGGGCGCGUUCCGGAACCUGAGCCUCAUAAGCCGGGAGCCCAUGCAGGUGUGGGUGGACUACGACGCCGCGACCACGGAGAUCACGGUCACCAUGGCGCCGGCGCCGGCUCCCAGCAGGCCGCAGAGGCCGCUCCUGUCCACGAAGAUCGACCUCUCGACGGUCAUCACGGACACGGCGUACGUCGGCUUCUCGUCGGCGUCCAGCAUCGUGCUGGUCAAGCACUACGUGCUCGGCUGGAGCUUCAGCCUCGGCGGCGCCGCUCCGGCGCUCGACUACGCCAAGCUGCCGAAGCUGCCUCGCAUCGGCCCAAAGCCCCGGUCCAAGGCGCUGACCAUCGCGCUGCCGAUGGCCACCACAGUGUCCGUCCUCGCGGCGCUCGCCGUCGCGUUCUUCCUCCUCCGGCAACGGCUCAGGUACGCCGAGCUGCGCGAAGAUUGGGAGGUAGAGUUCGGACCACACCGGUUCGCGUUCAAGGACCUGUACGCGGCCACCGGCGGCUUCAAGGACAGCUGCCUGCUCGGCGCCGGAGGCUUCGGAAGGGUGUACAGGGGCGUCCUCCCGGGGUCCGACACCGAGGUUGCCGUGAAGAAGGUGUCUCACGGAUCAAGGCAAGGCAUGAAGGAGUUCGUCGCCGAGGUCGUCAGCAUCGGCCACCUCCAGCACCGCAACCUUGUGCGGUUGCUCGGCUACUGCCGGCGCAAAGGGGAGCUCUUGCUGGUCUACGAUUGCAUGCCAAACGGGAGCCUCGAUAAGCACAUACACGGCGGCGCCGGCAACUGCAAGCCCGUGUUGGAUUGGGCUCAGAGGCUCCACAUCAUCAGAGGUGUCGCCGCCGGCCUCCUGUACAUGCACGAGGACUGGAAGCAGGUGGUCAUCCACCGGGACAUCAAAGCGAGCAACGUGCUCCUCGACGGCGAGAUGAAUGGUCGGCUAGGUGACUUUGGUCUUGCAAGGCUGCACGACCAUGGGUCCGACCCGCACACCACGCGCGUGGUCGGCACCAUGGGGUACCUUGCCCCAGAGGUGGUGCGCACCGGCAAGGCGACAACCCUCUCCGACGUGUUCGCGUUUGGUGUCUUCCUCCUGGAGGUCGCGUGCGGCCGGAGGCCCAUCGAGGACAACGGCGGCGAGUGUACCAUGCUCGUGGAGUGGGUUCGGGGGCACUGGCGGAAUGGCUCCAUCACCGGCGCAAUGGACGCCAGGCUCGGCUCCGGGUCCGGGUACGACGCUAUGGAGGCGGACAUGGUGCUGCGGCUGGGGUUGGCGUGCCUGCACCCGUCGCCCGCGGCACGGCCGACCAUGCGUCAGGUCGUGCAGUACCUCGACGGCGGCGUGCACUUGCCAGAGCUGCCAGCGAUUUACACGUCGUCGUUCAACGUGUUCGCUGGCAUGGAGAGGCACCAGCGACUCUUCGACUCGUGGUCAGUCCGGCAGUCCACGGCGGCGAUAAGCGUUGCCACCAUUUCUGACAUCGGCCUCUCCGGCGGCAGAUGAUAUGACCACAAUUGGGAAGAGAUGCGUUUCUCCCGUUGGAUUGAAUCCGACUUAAGAUUUAACCACACAAUUUUUGCCACAUAUAUGAUGUUUUAUCAACAACAAAAAAAAGAUACUUUUAUCUAA